ACAAAGCGCGGCGCCGCUGGUUCGGAUUGUGCAAUUCUAGAAUACUUUGUACUAACCGGAACACUUUGUAGCAACCGGAAGGAGGAUGUUAAAAACGAUCGUUUCACUAGUGCAGGCACCCCGACAAACGAGUCUGGUCACCGCUGGAAGAUGCAGGAUACACACCCGGACAAAGUCGCGCAUAGUGCCUCCGCCGAAGAUUCGCUCCUCACAAAACGAUCACAGCAACAAGGUUACACCGUUCGGAUGGGGUUUACUGGUGAUCCCAGCGACCGCGUUCGGGCUUGGUUGCUGGCAAGUUUAUCGGAAACAGUGGAAGGAAGAACUGAUACGGGAGGUGGAACGGAAGAUACACAUGGAUCCCGUACCGAUUCCCGAUGAUUUGAGUGAUCUAGAGGGCAUGGAGUACGAAACGGUUCGAAUCCGUGGAGAGUUUCUGCACGACCAGGAACUGCAUUUAGGUCCACGAGGAUGCCUCCAGCACGGCGAUAGCCAAACGGCGGGCGGUUUGUUCUCGCAGAGGGAGGCAUCAAUCGGAUACCUCGUGAUAACACCCUUCAAGCUGGAGGGACGCGACGAUAAAAUCCUGGUUAACCGUGGCUGGGUACCGAAGCGCUAUCUCGAUCCGAAGACGCGCCCCGAGGGACAGAUCCGUGGAGUGGUCGAGUUGAACGCAGUAGUACGACUACCGGAAGCCAGGCCACAAUUUAGCCCGCAGCAGCGCGGUGCCAUCUUCCUGUACCGCGAUGUGCCGAAAAUGUCCAGUCUGUGCGGUACCGAACCGUAUUUUGUCGAUGCUACGGCCGCUUCGACCGUCCCCGGUGGACCGGUUGGUGGGCAGACGCGUGUCACGCUACGCAAUGAACACCUCUCCUACAUCAUCACGUGGUUCAGUCUUUCCGGAUUCACCACCUGGCUCUGGUUCCGGCAAGUCGUUCGAGGAAAGUCCUUCUGAUUGUGAUUCUGAUGUACCCUUUGUUGGGUUUAGAUUGUUACGGUAUUUCUAGAUGGAGAAUAAAACUGUUUUGUUUCAAGUUUUC